UAUUUUGUGUUUUACACAAUAAUCGGUAGAGUUUUAUUCCAUUCAUGUAUAAUCGGCUGAGAUUCUCAAAAAUCUUGAUAGUUUUCAAAAUGGCGGCCAUAAUUUACUAUUCAUUGUAUGGCGCGAAAAUAUCUGCAUUUCCCGGCAACUCCAGAUAUUCCAAAAAAUAUUUUGAGGCGGCAUUUCAAGGUGACUGCCUGAGUGAAAAUAAUUUGUGUUCUCAAAUCUGUUUAGACGUUGAUAAGGGAAUCUUUGAAUGUGACUGUUUUGUUGGUUACGAUUUAGCGGAAGAUGGAUACUUCUGCAAAGAUAUGUCUAAUUCCAUCGCGAAAGAUGUAACCCAACAUGAAAUGCAUCUAUCCAAAAAUGAUAUUCACGGCUCAUCCACUACUACAAACAAGGCAUCUAUGAAUACAGCUGGUUUUAUCACCCCGAUAAAAAUUAUUCCAUUCCCUGUAUCGUCUAACAUCCGUUCCUCGAUGAGUCAAAGACCAUCGUUCUCCAAAAUGAUUGGAUCAAGAAGGAGCGUCGCAAAAUACGGGGGUAAAAAUAACGACAUAAAAUUUCCCGAAAAAUUAUUGCACCACGAAAUAAUAAACACAAUCGGGGAACAAAAUAGUAGUAGUAAUGAUGUUAAUAAUCGAUAUUCCCCGUCAUUUUCCCAUUUUUUAUCGACCAAAAUACCCUUUUUAAUACAUCACCAUUCAAAAUAUAAUCGCGAUAAUUAUAAUAAUAAUAAUUAUAAUGAUGGAGGGGGGAAAAAAUCGAAAACUACGGGGAGAGGCAUGGUAGAGUGGCCACAAAUGGGUGUUAUUAUUAAUGAUGAACAUCGAAAUACCACGCUAGACGUGGAAGGGAAUAAUAGGAAAAAAAAUGAUAAUUAUGUAUACGACGAUUUUUACUAUGGUAAAAUAGAACAAAAUAAAUUUGACGAUGAUGAUGAAGACAUUGUUCGAAAGAAUGAUAAGGAGAUAAGUGGCGAUAAAAUGAUAAUGGAGGAUUAUUUGACCAGUCGAGAAAAUAUUUAUCGAUUGGAAGAUGAAAUUUGUAACGUUUGCCUUAAUAAUAAUAAUAAUGUUAAUAAUAAAAAUAAUAAUAAUAAUGAUGAAAGCCGAAAGAGAAAUAAUCUUAAUGAAAUCUUGACUUUAGCCGACGCGAACGAAGGAGACAAUGUUACGUUGUUGUGCCCUCCCUCGGGAAAAGAUUUCCUUUUCCGGUCCAAACCUGCAUAUCAACAAUUAGGCGGAAAAUUUCCGAUGUCAGGGAAAAAAUAUUUUUCAGUUUUUACCUUUCGGUUAGAACUGAUAUUUUGCUACGAGGGUCUCGUCAUGCGAGUUGCCUUCAAGGAUGAAUGUUCUAGGAAAAAGUCUGGAUCUCGAAUUCUAAAACGGAUGAAACGUAGGAGGCGGCAUUGCAAUGAUGGACGAUAUCUUUUAUUGUUGUAUUUGAAGAAUGGAAAAUUAAAAUGCGCUAUAUUUAAUACCACCCUUGAUUCGCGUUUAAUCGAAGAAAUAAACUCUCAGGUCCAAUUGGCGCGAAAUGUUUGGCACAAUAUAACGGUUAACAUUGAUAAAAAGGGAAUUAAACUGGUGAUGAGCGAAGGGAUUUAUAGUUCCACGACAAAAUCUAGGUAUGAUGUAAUAAGUUCCUCCAUUUUCUACUCACGUUUAAAAGACCUGAUAAUUGACGAAAUUCAAUUGGGCGGAUUACCUAAAUCUCGAACGCAUUUUGACCUAAAAAAUUAUGACGAUUAUAAAUAUGUUAAACGAGGAAUCCGGGGAUGUAUAAGAAAGGUACGGGUUCAAGAUCAAUUAACACCCUUAAUCUAUUCUUUAAAGGGUGGUAUAUGUGGUAAACCAGAGCUGGACCACAUAUCUCAUGAUUACAAAUCGUACGAAGAGGUGCCAUACUUCAAUGGAGUAGAUAGCUAUAUUCAAUUUUCGUACCCGUUCGACAAAAUUCUCAAAAUACAAUCGAAACAGAAAAGUUCCAACAUGCUAUCCCUACAUUUUAUAGCGCACGAUCCUAACGGUAUAUUGGUCUGUUUUCUAUCCAAGAGUGGGUUGGGUGUAAAUCAACUAAUUAUACUAGCCAUUUUCGACGCCAGCUUUAAAUUGAUCGUUGGAAUAGAAAAUUACUUUUACGUUUCCAAACUAAAACACCGUCAAUUAGCUUUGGGCAUUCCACAUUCCCUCAUAUUGAAUAAUGAUGAAAGAUCCAACACGGGAACGGUAAUAAUCUUGGACAAUGACGCUAUAUAUCAAACUUACACCGUACCUAGGAUUGCUUUAACAGAUUACACCGUUCAUUUAGGUGGAUUAGAUGAAGCAACUUUCGGCAAAAACGCGGAUCCCGACAAACGGUACCUACCAGAAUGGGCAUUUCAUUACAAAUUCAAGGGUUGUAUUAGGAAACUGACGAUAAACGAUUUCGAGCUCAUACCCGGAAACCGAAAAAGGAAAUCAGACCUCGAAGAUCUUGGGCGAAAUAAUCUUGAAAAAACUCCCCGAACGCCUGAUACCGGAAAUGCGAAUAUCUCAAAUUAUACCACGCGCAUAAAUGACGACGAUAUCGAUGUUAUAAAAUAUGUUUCCAAAAAUGUUACGAAUUGCGCAAAGCGCUAGAUAUGUUUUUAAUUAUAAAGGAGCGUUCAAUUAAUUUUAUUUUUCAUCAAUAAAAUUAGAUUAUUUUUUUAAUUGU